AUGACAAGAGCACGAUUGGUUUCUCAUGGCGUCGCCCGCUUCGCCUCCGGCCCUUGCGCCUUCUCGUCGCGCACAGCGCCGGCUCUGCGCCAGUUCAGCUCUACGGCCCGUCCGGCACCGAGAUCUCCGGCACGCACACUGGCAGCGUUUGCGAGCCUGUGUGCCUCGCCACUACGACAGAGCAGCGUUCAGUGCAGCGCGCGGCCCUUCUCGUCCAGCGCCGUCCGCGCCCACGGCCAUAUCCACAAGCCGAAAGAGGGAGAGGAACUGUACGUUACAUUUAUCGACAAGGACGGCGACGAGCACAAGCUGGCCGUGGCGGCCGGCGACAACCUGCUCGACAUUGCACAGGCACACGACCUUGAGAUGGAGGGCGCGUGCGGUGGCUCGUGUGCGUGCUCGACGUGCCACGUGAUUGUGGAGGACGAGGCGUACUUUGACAAGAUGAACGAGCCAGACGACGACGAGAACGACAUGCUGGACCUGGCGUUUGGGCUGACGGAGACGAGCCGGCUGGGAUGCCAAGUGGUGAUGACCAAGGACCUGGACGGGCUGGUGGUGCGUCUGCCGUCGAUGACACGGAACCUGCAGGCGAGCGACUUCCAGGCCAAGUCGGCGAGUGGGUAG